GAUGAUGUAGUUCCUACUCCUGUCUUGGCUACAUAGUACCAUGACUCUUGAAACAUCUCCUCAAGAACAGCAACAUAUUGAUUCUGAUAAUUACUCUUUGGAUUGUGAUGGGAGCUUUCUGGAUGGGUUCUCUGAUGUUGACAGUUGGUCUGACAAUGAGGAAAUCACAAAUACCGUGUUUGAUGAGGAUAAUAAAUUGUCAUCCUUAAUGAGUAUGGGGUACACAAGAGAUGAGGCUUCAAUAGCAAUGGAGAGAUGUGGUGUGUAUUUCAGUGUUAUGCAUAUUUUGAAAUGGUUUAGUUUUUUUCUCAUUUUUGUCCUGAUCAUGUCAUAUCUUGUGAAGAUGUAAGCUUGAGUUUCCCACACCCCAACUACGACCCAUAGUGGGGAAAAAUUCUUAAGAAGAUUUAAGCUUUGGGUUUUUUACACCCUAACAGCCCUGGAAAAUUAAAGCAAAGGAUCUAGCUGUGUCAGUCAAGUACUCUAGCUAUGCUGCAUUGCUGCUUGUAUUUUAUCAAUGCUCAUUUUGCAUAAUCCAUAUCUCACAUGACAAGGUAUUGGUUGGAGUGUUUAAAUUGUUCAUCAUUAAUAUUGGUCAUUGACACUUUGUUUGGGAGUUCAUAAAGGAAUGGACUGAGUAAAUCAUAAAGGAAUGGAAUAGAAUAGAAUAGAAUGCAUUUAAGUAACAGAAAGGAAUGGAAAAGAAAGGAAUGAAGUAACAUUGUUUAGAGGUUUUCAAAUAAAGGGAUGCAAAGGAAUGAGGGGUAAGUAACCUUGUUUGGGAGUAAUAUAGAGGGAAAUGCAUGACAUCAUUUAAUCACAAUUUUAAUAUUAGACCCUGGUUUUAAAAUGAAGGGCUGAAUAUAUAAGGGUAUUUUUUCCAUUUAUUCAUCUUAACAUUGUCAUUUCAAUUACACUUAUUUUAUAAACAUAUUGCUUCUUAACAACAUUUAGAGAGGCUAUGCCUCAUGAAGUUGGGGACUUUGAAAAUGUGUUGUAUGAUUAUGUUGUUUAUC